AUAUCUGUUUUUGUGUAUUCUAGGACUACUUGAAGUAUUUAAAAGUGCUUCCGUGUAGCUGACAGGUCGUUUUUACUCACAUAAAGUACACAUUAAGUUUAACUUUCUAACUCUUCUUCUUUUUAUCGUGUUGUUAAACUCAGGGGCAGUCUCGGUUGGGUUGUUGUUGUCUAACAUUUACAGCCACUUAAACUCAGUCAAACAAUGGCGGCUCGAGUUUACAGCUACUUUUACACAACUUCACCGGCUAAAGUUUCAAAGUCAAAAGAUAUACAAUAAAGUUUUUCUUUCAUGGCUAACGUAGAGUAGCUAGCUAGCUAGGUCGUCUUUACACGGAUUUCUGACGGCUUUGACCCAAAGAAACACGGCGCAUCACGGUUAGUUGUGGCUUCAGGAGUUCCCGGUGUAUUUCAUUGAGUUUGGUGAAACUAUCAGCUGUUUGCCGAGACACGCCUCGACAAAGUCCUGAAGUCAAGAGGAGGAGCCACACAACAACACUUUAACAUUAAGCUGACUUUAAUUACAGGAAUAUUACAGAUGUUCGCAGUUUGGACAUGAGGAUUUAACAGGUACCAGUUGGACUACAUUUAAACACGUCAGGGUGAUUUAUCCAGUCAAGUGUGUCAGUGUUCUCAUUUUAAAAUUUAAACCUUUUUUAUUGUAUAUUUUUGUAGUCAGAUGUAUUUUUUUAUGUUUAACUAAAGCUAAAAACUAAACUAUGAGUUAAAGUCGUUUUUAGCAACUAAAGUAGAAAUACUUUUUUAGGUCAUGGUUCAGUUUGGUCAAAUUGCCGGAUGACUCUUUGGCGUGUAUUAUUUAUUUAUUUCAGAGUGCGGAUGACGACUGAGUCACCUGUCUUCACAAAGUGAAACCAGUAAGCCAAGAUGACAAACGGACACAUCGAAAUCUACGACCCCAUUCCCCGCCCUGGUGGCCGCUCCACUGGUACAUACCACGACCCCGAGUCUACCCCAAACGUGGAAAACAUGGAGGACACAGUGGAGUUCAGAGUCCUAAUGGCCUACGUGACGAGGAGACGACCAAACACACAGAGGAGCCCGGUCAGGGAAAGUGGUGGGGAUGACUCAGAUGGACAUGUCAAAACUCCACUAAAGACACCAACACAGACUGAGAACAAGCUCACAGAAAAGAAAAACAGAAAGAAGGGGAGGAGAUUAAAACGCAUGUUGAGCAUUUUCAGCUGCACCAGGCCUCAGACGAAGAAUGAAGAAGACGAGGAGGAACAGCAGCAGCAGAAACCAACGGAGCCUGCUGAUGAAGUCUCAUUCAGAUGUUUCCCUGCUACAGAUGAGCCUGAAAAGGAGGAGGAGGACGAGAAGGCGAGUGAGGUAGCGAGCAGACUGAUGGAGCUUGCUGAUGAAAUCCAAUUAAUUCCUCCAAAUAUAGAGUCGGAUUGCCCAGAAAAUGAUGAGGUGGAGAAGAUAAUUGGUCUGCUGCUGAGAGAAACUGGAGACAAAUAUGACGGCAAGGUGCUGAAAGAUGCCAACAUAGCAGCAGAGCUCUUCUGGAAUUACGAUUUCUUUAAGAAGUUAAUAAACACCUUCCUGAUACGAGUGGGCCUCAGGAGCCCCUCGCCCAACUCUCCAGGGCCGCAGGCGUCUCAAAAAACCCAGAUGGCUGUGAUGUGUGAGGUCACCACUCGUCUGUCAGCUGUGGAAACGUUGCCCACAAACCGCCUGCUGAACCAUGGCGCUCGAUACAUACAGAAUAACUUUUCAUCCUGGGUGCAGGACCAAGGAGGAUAUGAUGCAGCGUUUGAUGAGACUGAGGAAGUCGACUGAAAGCAGAAGGGACGUGGUUUACAAGCUCCACAGCUCCCCCUGUUGGCCAAAACCUGCACGGACUGUAGCUUCAGGAGCUACUAACACUAACGAUGAACAGCACAACAGGACAUCUUGGAACUGUACAGAGAAUAAAAAUGAGUUUACAGACUGCAAAACAUCAGAGCCAAUUUCUCACAGAUCAUGUAAUAGUUCUUAUAUUUAAGUUUCAGUGAGAUUUAAAUAAGAUAUUUCUUUUUUGUUUUUUUUACAUGUCUUAAAUUUUGUAUAAAUGCAUACAUGUUUUGCAAACUUAUGCACUGAUUUUUUUUUUCUCUUUUUUUUUUUUUUUUUUUUUUUCUUUG